GUAACAGUCGUCAUAUCUCUGAAAGGGCGGUGACUUCUGGUGCAUGCGAGCAGAAAUCGGGAGGAAUAUAGUGUACACAAACUGCUUUGAAUGCCUUGUCUUUGUAUCUGACUGUUUUCAAUACACUGUUCCGUCGUCCUUGGAAAAAAAGUAGUAAUCUCACGUUCCGAAUAGCUUUUUAAAGCCGUCGGUCAGGAAAAAUAUGGGGAGUUGCCACACGGUAGGACCAAACGAAGCCUUGGUGGUAUCAGGUGGUUGCUGUGGCUCUGAUGGGAAGAGCUAUACAGUGGGCGGCUGGGCCUGGGCAUGGUGGCUUAUCACCGACAUACAGAAGAUAACCCUUGAGAUUAUGACCCUGCAACCCAAGUGUGAGGAUGUAGAGACAGCGGAGGGGGUAGCUAUUACUGUCACAGGUGUGGCACAGGUGAAGGUCAUGACUGACAAUGAGUUGCUGGGUUAUGCCUGUGAACAGUUCCUGGGCAAGACCGUGGCAGAGAUUAAAAGUGUCAUUCUGCAGACACUGGAAGGUCACCUGCGCUCUAUUCUGGGGACUCUGACGGUGGAGCAGAUCUACCAGGAUAGGGAUCAGUUUGCCAAGCUGGUGAGGGAGGUGGCGGCACCUGAUGUGGGCAGGAUGGGCAUUGAGAUCCUAAGCUUUACUAUCAAGGAUGUGUAUGAUAAGGUGGACUAUUUGAGCUCCUUGGGGAAAUCCCAGACUGCUGCUGUUCAGAGAGAUGCUGACAUUGGUGUGGCUGAAGCAGAGAGAGACGCUGGAAUCAGGGAAGCAGAAUGUAAGAAGGAGAUGAUGGAUGUUAAAUUCCAAGCCGAUACAAGAAUGGCAGACUCAAAGAGAGAGCUGGAGAUGCAGAAGGCUGCCUUCAAUCAAGAAGUGAACACAAAGAAAGCUGAGGCGCAAUUGGCCUAUGAGCUUCAGGCAGCCAAGGAGCAGCAGAAGAUCAGACUGGAGGAGAUUGAGAUCGAGGUGGUUCAGAGGAAGAAGCAGAUCACCAUUGAGGAGAAAGAGAUCCUCAGGACAGAUAAAGAGCUGAUCGCCACCGUGAGGAGACCAGCUGAGGCUGAAGCCUACAAAAUGCAGCAGCUCGCAGAGGCACAGAAGAUAAAGAAGGUGUUGACGGCACAGGCUGAAGCGGAGAAGAUCAAGCGUAUUGGAGAAGCAGAGGCCGGCUCCAUUGAGGCUGUGGGUAAAGCCGAAGCAGAGAAGAUGAGGCUCAAAGCUGAGGCCUAUCAGCAGUACGGAGAGGCUGCAAAGACUGCCCUCGUCCUGGAGGCUCUGCCAAAGAUUGCUGAACAGGUGGCAGCACCCUUACGUCGUACCAAUGAGAUUGUGAUCCUGAGCGGCGACGGUGGCCGUGUUACUGGGGAAGUGAAUCGUCUGUUAGCUGAACUACCUGUUUCUGUAAACGCCCUCACAGGGGUGGAUCUGUCCAAGAUCCCUUUGCUUCAGAAAAUGACCAAUCCUCAAGCUUGAACACGCUCCUUUGACUCUGCUGCCUUUCUGACACUCCCAUAUUGAUUGCCUUGAAAAGAAACAAGCUGUUUUCUUUUUACAGAAACGAGGAAUUUAUAUUUUAGACCCCUGGUGCCUUACCUCUGCAGGACCAGAAUCUCGUCACUUAUAUCCUUUUUUGUCUGUUUUUUUGCCUCUUUUGUUGAAACAACAUACCUCAAUUAUAGUUAUUUUGUUAAUCGCAGAACUGUAUCAUAAAAUUCACUAGUGGGCAGCUGCAGAUGUGUGUGUGUAUGUAGUGAUUUAGAAGACAAGGAAGUAUUUCCAUUUGAAUUGGUAGCUAAGGUUGUAUUCACAGUUACGUUUAUGCAAUGUAUGAAGAUAUAUAGAAGUAUAGUGUAGAAGAGCCAUUAGGUUUGUUACAGCAUGUUUAUUGGAUUGAUCAACUGGGCCUUUGAAAUCAUUCAUCAUUGUGAAGACAUUUCUGUUCAGGUCAAAUAGUGACACAGUAGUGAGGAGAACUGACUUUUAGUUUAUCUAACCAAUACGUUUAGACAUAGGUUCAUUUGUAAACAUCUGUUUUGUAUAGUUCAAACAGGAAGCACUGUAGUCAUUUUUUAAAGUAGGAUGAAAACAAUCUUUUUUUUUUUUUUUACUUUGCUUUUAGGGUUGUAGGUCAAACCACGCGUUCACUGUGCAGUCGUUCAUCUAAAACUUACGCCAUGUGAUUCAUAAUCAUAUCUGUAUGUAUAUUCUUUGAGAAUGUUUUGCCUAUUUUUGGAUAAUAAGUAGUGGUCCAAAUGCAUUUUUACUGACACCCCAAGCAAAGGCAAAAGUAUCUUUAUUUUUUCAUUGCAGAAAACCUCCGAUAUAAUUUACCUCAUCCAAUGUUUAUGCAGACGAUAAAGCUUUGGUCCUCUUCUGUUGGCUGCAAGUAAGAUUUUAUGACUGCAGCCAAACUGACAGUACAGAACCCAGUGCACUUUUUUGUCUACUGUUAAAUCUACAAAUUUGGAGAGUGAUACUGUGCAUUUUUAGUUGAGCAUCUACCAUGUUCAUAGUUUCCUUGAAGAUACUCUGUGCCUUACAGAGUUUUCCCCAUAUUGAAUAACUUCAGUUAUUUUUUUAAUUCAGUGAUGCAGCUUGAUUAUAACAGGUCUUCUUCCUCUUUUUUUAUGUUUUAACCGCAAUAUUUUAAAUAAUGUCACAUGUAUUCUGUUCCUAAAGUGCUAAUUAUCAUCAUUCAGAUAAUGUGAGAGCUCUGUCAAGUAUAUGUCAAUUAACUCUGCUUCAACUGUUUUUUCCCCAUUGAGAGUGACUAUAUUU